AUGGCGGACAACGAGUGGAAGGGAGCCAGCUUCAAGCAGGAUGAGGACCAUUCUGCGGAGACGGCAAAGCUGCUAGAGCGGGUGAACGCGACAACGAUACCUGUGCUUCUUCGCAGCAGCAACGCAAAACUGGGUGACAUCGUCGCUGAACUGCUUGCGCUGGAAAAGGUGUCCCGUCUCGGCGGCGAUGCUGCCUCUACGAAGCUGCUGGCGGUGGAGGUGCUGCGCAUCUACCGCACGCAAAAUGAACUGGACCUAAUGCUCGAAACACUGGACAUGCUCAUGAAAAAGCGCGGCCAGACCAAGCAGGCUCAGAGCGCCAUGAUCGCCGAGUGCGCAAUCGUCCUGACGGACGACUCCUUGGCGAAGGAGAAGCAGGAGGAGGUGCUCGAGCGCCUGGCGUACGUGACGGAGAACAAGAUCCAUGUCGAGCUGGAGCAUGCACGUUUCACGAUUGAGCUGGCAACGCUUCAUGAGGCGGCUGGCCGCAAGCGCUCCGCGUGCGAUAUGCUGCGUACGCUGCACAUCGAAACCAUCACAAACAUGCCGCGCUUAGAGAAGCUGGAGGCGCUGAAUCAACAGAUCCGCCUCUGCUUAGAGCUGGAGGACUACGACCACAUCCCUCUUGUGUCAAGAAAAAUCAACCAUCGCGGUCUUGGCCGCGACGAGGCCCAGCAGCAGAAGCUCAAGUACUUUGAGCUCAUGCGCGCAUACUAUGCACACAAGGAGUCCUUCUUUAACGUUGGCCGGUGCUGGUACGAGACGUAUAACACCGUGAAGAGCACCGAUGACAAGCUGUCUGCCUUGAGCAACAUGGUGGUGCACUACCUCAUCGCCGAGAAUGCCACCGCGAAGGAAAUCGAGGACUUAGCGGAGUGCACGGCGUUUGCACCUGCCACCAAGCUGCAUGACCGUGUUGCAGCUCUUUCAACCAUUAGCGAGAAGCUGAGGAGCGACCUGGAGGACAUCCCGCAGCUGUACGCACUUCUGCAGCGCUUCAACAGUAUUGAGCUGAUUCAGGAGAGGGUCUCUUCGGAGGUGGAGUUGCUGUGCCAGACCCACCCCGAGCUGGCUCCGUACCCGACGCGUCAAGAAUUGCUCAGCAACCGCUGCAGCGAGCACGACAUCAUGGUCAUUGCCCGCUUCUACACCCGCAUCCCACUCAAGCGUCUUGCGGAGCUGGUGCAUCUGUCGCCAGAGCAUACGGAGAUGUUCAUCAUGACAAUGGUCACGAACAAGACGUUGUACGCGAAGAUGGACCGUGUGGAUGAGCUGGUGGUGUUCGAGGCGCGAAAGAACACGACGGAGGUCGUUGCGUCGUGGAACGACUCGGUCGAACGCAGCGUGGCACUGCUCGACAAGGCAUCACACCUCAUUACAAAGGAGCGGAUGCUGCACAACCUUGCCUCGCGGAAAGUCCACUAG